AUGACUACACAGACAACCGUCGAUAGAAAAUUAUCACACCAAGUAACAAUAAAUAUACCCUUUGAAAAUGAGAAACAAGCACUGAUUGCAUGUAAUAGUUUAUCACCAGACCUAAUUUUAAGAUCAACGGAACUAUAUGUUUCCUGCAAAAGUUCUGAUAAAAAUUUGAUAUGUGAAUUUAGUGGUACAAGUGAUAGGGUAAUAAGAGUUGCUAUUAGCAGUGUUAUUGAUAAUUUAAAAACUAUAAUAGAGUGUAUGGACGAGUUUGACGGUAAGGAGGAUGUGAUGUUUACUGAAGCAUAA